AUGCAAGUUCGCCCCCAUUGCAAGUCUGCCCCAUUGCAAGUCUGCCCCAUUGCAAAGUCUGGCCCCAUUGCAGUUCCCGCCCCCAUUGCAAGUUCGCCCCAUUGCAAGCUCCGCCCCAUUGCAAGUUUGCCCCCAUUGCAAGCUCCGCCCCAUUGCAAGCUCCGCCCCCAUUGCAAGUCUGCCCCCCACGUGCCUCCGCCCCCCCUGAGAUCGCCCCCAUCUGCAAGCCUGCCCCCAUUGCAAGUUCGCCCCAUUGCAAGUCUGCCCCCAUUGCAAGCCUGCCCCUGCUGCAAGUCUGCCCCCGCUGCAAGUCUGCCCCAUUGCAAGUUCUCCGCCCCCCUGCCAAGCUCCGUCUGCCCCUAUUGCAAGUUCGCCCCUACUGCAAGACUGCCCCUACUGCAAGAUCCGCCCCUACUGCAAGUUCUGCCCCAUUGUAAGUCUGCCCCCAUUGUAGUCUGCCCCACUGCAAGUCUUCGCCCCUUGCUUGCCUGCCCCUGCUGCAAGUCUGCCCCUGUUGCAACCGCCCUGCUGUGCCUGCCCCUGCUGCAAGUCCGCCCCUACUGCAAGCUCCACCCCCUGCUGCAAGCCUCCGUCUCUGCUGCAAGCCUGCCCCUGCUGUGUCUGCCCUGCUGCAAGUUCGCCCCUGCUGCAAGCUCCGCCCCUGUUGCAAGCUCCGCCCCCGCUGCAAAGUCUGCCCCUGCUGUGUCUGCCCCCGUUGCAAGUCUGCCCCGUUGCAAGUUCGCCCCUGCUGCAAAGUUCCCCCUGUUGCAAGUCUGCCCCUGCUGUGCUCCGCCCUGCUGUGCCUGCCCCCUGCUCCGCCCCGUUUCAAGCCUGCCCUGCUGUGCUCCGCCCCUGCUGUGUCUGCCCCUGCUGCAACUGCCCCCGCGUGUCUGCCCCGUUGCAAGCUCUGCCCCUGCUGCAAGCCCGCCCCCUGCAAGUCUGCCCCUGAUGUCCGCCCCAUUGCAAGUCUGCCCCAUUGCAAGUCUGCCCCAUUGCAAGCCUGGCCCCAUUGCAGCUCCGCCCCAUUGCAAGUCUGCCCCCAUUGCGAGUUCUGCCCCAUUGCAAGUUUCCGCUCCCCAUUGCAAGUCUGCCCCAUUGCAAAGCCCGCCCCAUUGCAAGUUUCGCCCCAUUGCAAGUCUGCCCCCAUUGCAGGUUCGCCCCAUUGCAAGUCAGCCCUGCCAGCAAGCCUCGUCCCAGCAGGUCUGUCCCAUAGCAGAUCUUCAUCCCAUAGCAG